UUAUAUAAUCGUUGCCCAACACUCAAUGGACGAAGUUUAUUAUUUUUAAGAAGAAGUGAAACCGGGAACUACAUGGAAACUUGUCGUAGUAUCAGUUUCCAUUCAAUUCUUAACGCAAAUGGAGAUUCAGAACAAAUAUGUGGCAUUAAAUCUCUUGAUUUAGUGUUUUCAACCUUAUAAUUCGAUCAAUUUCGUUUUGGUGCAGCGAAAUGCAAUCCUAGAUUGUUCGUAUUAUAGAGCUUUAAAGUUUAUUGAUACUGGCAAUGGCAUUAUCCAGAGCUAGGGCAUUAUUUUGUAGAAGUUUUUCAACUUUUGCUUCUCAUCCUACUCAUAUUUGCGUUGUUGGGAGUGGACCUGCUGGUUUUUACACUGCUGAGAAGUUGUUGAAGGCGCUUCCCAAUGCUCAAGUUGAUAUAAUUGAUCGUUUGCCAACCCCUUUCGGUCUAGUGCGCUCCGGUGUGGCACCCGAUCACCCUGAAACAAAGAUUGUGGUUAAUCAAUUUACGCGGGUUGCACAACAUCAAAGGUGUUCAUUCUUUGGUAAUAUCAAGCUUGGAUCUUCCAUUUCAUUGUUGGAUCUCCGUGAGCUGUAUCACACGGUUGUGCUAGCAUAUGGAGCAGAAAGUGAUAGAAGUCUCAAGAUUCCUGGAGAAGAUUUGUGUGGGAUACAGUCAGCCAGAGAAUUUGUUUGGUGGUACAAUGGGCACCCAGAUUGCAGAAACCUAAAUCCUGGUUUAAAGGCCACUGAUACAGCUGUAAUCCUUGGCCAGGGAAAUGUAGCUUUAGAUGUUGCACGCAUCCUUUUACGGCCAACAUCAGAAUUGGCAUCUACAGAUAUUGCUAGUCAUGCAUUGGAGGCUUUGCAGGAGAGCUCUAUAAGGAAAGUUCUUUUGGUUGGAAGACGUGGACCAGUGCAGGCAGCUUGUACUGCCAAAGAGUUACGUGAAGUUCUUGGUAUUAAGAACUUGCACAUUCACAUACAGGAAGCCGAUCUUCUCAAGAGCCCAACAGAUGAGGAAGAGGUGAAAAACAGUCGAAUACAGAGGCGAGUUUAUGAGUUGCUUGCUAAGGCUGCUGCUUCUGGACCUCCCCAUUCUGGUACAGGUCUACGUGAACUGCAUUUUGUUUUCUUUCGCAAACCUGAGGAGUUUCUGAGUUCAGUAGACAAAAAAGACCAUGUUGCUGGUGUUCGAUUUGAGAAGACAGUUCUUGAAGGUUCUAGCCCUGGAAAGCAGAUAGCUAGAGGUACUGGGGAGUUUGAAGACCUUGACUGCCAGAUGGUGCUAAAGAGUAUAGGUUACAAAUCAGUGCCUAUCGAUGGUUUGCCCUUUGAUCACCAAAAAGGAAUUGUACCCAACAUUAGUGGUCGAGUUGUAAGCAAUGUUUCUGGAGAUGCUAUCCAGCUUGAGGAAGGAUUGUAUGUAUGUGGGUGGUUGAAGAGAGGACCAAGUGGAAUUAUUGCAACAAAUCUCUAUUGUGCUGAAGAAACCGUUGCCAGCAUAUGUGAAGACCUUGAUAAAACAGCAUCAGAGUCCUUUUUUAGCUCACCAAAGCCUGGGAGAGAAGGUCUCAUACGUGCAUUAGACGAUCAAAAUGUAAGAUAUGUACCGUUUAGCGCUUGGGAAAAGAUAGACUCUGUAGAAAAGAGGCUUGGAAGUCUGGAGAACAAACCCAGGGAGAAGUUAACCACUUGGGAAGAGCUACUGAAGGUGGCCAUGGAAUGAGUAUAUCUGAUGAUUAAAGCUCAUUCUAUUCUAUUCCUCAUUUCUUUUCCAAAUAAUGGAAUCAUCUUCACAAAAGAUUCCAAAUCUUACUUAGCCAUUCCGCUUCCUCGUUUCACUUCUACUUUAGAGACAACAUAUUUUAUCGCUCUCACAUUCGAGCAUAGAGCUAUUUCCUUUUAUACCUUGCUUUCAUAUCCUAACAUUGAAGACGCUAACGAGUAGUCGGUUUUGGUCGAAGUGUCGGUUUCUUUGGCUAGUAUGCAAGAUAGAAUCAGCUUCCAUUGAAGAGGUCAAUAAUAAAAGUGGCUAUACAUUCUUUUUUUUUAGGAGCUAGAGAGAGGAUGGCAGGAGACACUUGAACUGAGCCCAAAGUCCACUUCUUGGUUUCACUGGGAAGUGCAAAUCAUCUUACCCUCUAACUUUCUCCACUUAUUUAUUCAUUUUGGAGAAGAUUUUGGCUAGUCGACAUGUCGUAUUUUGAUUGGUUUGGAGGAUAAACGGUAGCUGACAUUGGAAAUUUUCACUUGGUUUAUAAAAUGAUCAGAUUAUGAAGUAAGCAUUUUUUAGAAUCAAAUUAUUUUAAUUUUGGGAUGCA